AUGUAUGCUAAAAGGUUAUUCCAGCAAUUCUUGGUUGAUGCAUAUACUAUGGUUGAAUCUUCGAGGUUACUCUAUAUUCGGUUAAAUCAAAAAGCUUUGAGGUGUGAGGCCUACAAAGGACUCUCUGAUGCGCUGACGCGAGGUGAAGUUCAACCCAGUUCUCAAGGUAAAAGAAUCAUAUUACCAUCAAGUUUCACUGGAGGAGCAAGGUACAUGAUACAAAAUUACCAAGACGCCAUGGCAAUUUGUAGAUUUGUAGGCUAUCCCAAUCUUUUUAUUACAUUUACAUGUAAUCCUAAAUGGCCUGAGAUAGAACGCUUCUUGGAGAAAAGAAACUUGAAAGCUGAAGAUCGCCCGGACAUUGUUUGCCGUGUUUUCAAAAUGAAGCUAGACUGUUUAAUAAAGGAAAUAAAAAAUGGGAAACUAUUUGGUCGCGUAAAGGCAGUUAUAUACACAAUUGAGUUCCAGAAACGUGGUCUUCCGCAUGCCCACAUAUUACUAUUCCUUCAAGCGAACAGCGAAUUUGCUGACCCGGGCUUUAUGGACACGAUCAUUUCAGCCGAGAUCCCCGACAAGGUGACAGCGAAUGAAUACUACAAACAUGUUGGAGAAUUCAUGUUGCACGGCCCAUGUGGUGCUGCCCGAAUGAAAUCCCCGUGCAUGGCAAAUGGCAAGUGUUCAAAGCAUUUUCCAAAAAGAUACAUUGAUGCAUCGCAUUUUGACCAAGAUGGUUACCUGUUGUCAAUCAAGUACUUAUUCAAGUACGUAAACAAGGGCAACGACCGGGUCACUGCUGAGUUUUAUAAGGCUAUGAUCGAUGGAGCUGGUAACGAGAUUGUCGAUGAGAUAAACAUGUACUAUGAUUGCAGGUACGUAUCUGCAUGUGAGGCAACAUGGAGGUUGUUUAGUUUUGAAGUACAGUACAGAACUCCCCCGGUUGAGCGAUUAAGCUUUCACUUGUCGGACUGCCAGUCAGUUGUUUUCCAAGACGAUGAUACGAUUGAUAAUGUCCUCAAUAGGGAAACCGUUGGGCAAAGUAUGUUUAAUGCAUGGUUUGUAGCCAAUCAGAAGUUCAAAGAAGCGAGUUUACUGACGUAUAUCGAGAUGCCUACCAAAUUUGUUUGGAAGAAGGACAUCCGUGAAUGGCAUCCAAGAAAGAAGGGUUCCUCAAUUGGUAGAAUAUUCUAUGUGCCUCCAGCUUCAGGCGAAAUAUAUUAUUUGAGGUGUCUAUUGAACAUAGUACGUGGUCCGACAAGUUACAAAGAUAUUAGGACAGUUAACGGUGUUGAGUACUUAACCUUUAGAGAUGCGUGUUAUGCUCAUGGAUUGUUAGACGAUGAUAAGGAGUACAUUGAUGCUAUAAAUGAAGCAAGUUAUUGGUCAAGUGCGCAUUCAUUGAGGAAGCUAUUUGUUGUCUUACUAACAUCAUCAUCAAUUAUUAGACCCGAAAAUGUUUGGAAUCAAGUGUGGGAGCAUUUGUCUGAAGAUGCUCAACAUUAUCAAAGGAGAGUAUUAAAACAACAAGAUUUGGUCUUAACAGAGGAAGAGAAAAAGAACUUUGCAUUAAUUGAACUGGAAAACCUGUUGGGUCAACAAAACAAGUCUUUAAAAGACUACCCCCCGAUGCCAACACCAAGUACUGAUAAUUCACGUUUGUUUCAAAAUCGAUUGGUUUUUGAAGAGUUGUCGUACGAUUCGGAACAGUUGAAGGCAGAUUCUGAGGUCCUUUGUGCCAAACUAACUGAAGAACAGGGUCUCAUAUAUGAUACUGUUACCAAAGAUAUUGAGAACAAGAAGGGUGGCUUAUUUUUUGUUUAUGGUUAUGGUGGAACAGGAAAGACUUUCAUGUGGAGAGCGUUAUCAGCUGCAGUCAGAUGCAAAGGACAAAUCAUUUUAAAUGUCGCUUCAAGUGGCAUAGCUUCUUUGUUGCUACCAGGUGGCCGGACUGCACACUCGAGGUUUGCAAUACCUAUUGCAAUAAAUGAGGACUCUACCUGUAACAUUAAGCAAGGUAGCGACCUGGCUGAGUUGCUGAUCAAGACGAGCUUGAUAAUUUGGGAUGAAGCUCCCAUGAUGCAUAAACAUUGCUUUCAAGCUUUAGAUAGAACCAUGCGGGAUUUGUUGCGUUUUGUAGAACCUAAUAGUGAAAUGAAGACGUUUGGUGGUAAAACAGUUGUACUGGGUGGAGAUCUCCGUCAAAUUCUUCCAUGA